CUCUCUCUCCUCUCCCUCUCUCUCUUCUCCUCGCGGUGCUGGGAGCGAGGCGGCGGCGGCGCUUCUUCUCCGGCGCCUUGCCGCCGUGUGCGUCCUCGCGGUGCUGUGCUCCCCCGCCGCCGUGGUGGAGGUGUCGGCGCGGAGGAUUGGGGAGACGUGCGGCGGCGGCGUAGAUCCGGGGAGCCAGACCAGCGCGGCGCGGGCCUCCUCGCCGCUGAGGCGCACGGCGAGCUCGCGGCUGCCGGCGCGGAGGCUGGCGGCGCGCGCGCGGAGCUCCUCCAGGUGCCUCCCGCAGCCGGAGUAACCAGUGAAAGCUACUAGCUGCCGCGGUCGGAUCUCUGAGCUUUCGCUCGCCGUCGGUGAAGGAGAAGGCGACGGGGACGGGCUCGGCCACAGCGGCGCACCACCAAGCUGGUUGCCGUAGUUGUGCAAGGUGAAGGCCGCCGCCGGGCUGUCGAGGCGAUGAGCCGCCUGCCGGUGCUGCCGGUGCAGACGCACGCUCGCCUGCAUCCUUUCGAGCGCCGACGAGGCGAAGUAGCUGUGCUGCCAGGCUGGGCUCGUGAGAAGCUGGAGGCGCGUCUCCGCCCUCGGGCGCCGGCCACCGCCGAGCAGGCGCCGCUUGAGCUUGGUGUUCCAGUGGUUCUUGACGUCGUUGUCCAGCAGGAGCAGGUGAACAGGAUCCAGCAGGACAUGAACCUCGGCGGCGGCGGCGGGCAGCAGCCUCGUGUCGUCGUCGACGGCUCCGACGCUCACCAAGCUCGAGGAGCUCAGGGCCUACCUGCACCACCUCCAAUCGGAGAAGGAGAGCCGCACCAGGAAGGUUGCGGAGCUCAUGAGCUUGUUGCAGUCUUCGUCCUUGGUGCUCGGCAUGGAUCCCAGGGAGAUCACCGCCGCCCGCCGCGGCGACGAGCAUGCCGGCGACUUCAGCGACGCCGCGAUCGCGAGGCUGGCGUCGGAGAUCGAGAGGCUGAGGGAGAUCAAACGGAGCCGGAUUGAGAAGCUGCAGGACCUGGUGGCGAGCAUGCUGGAGCUGUGGAACCUGAUGGACACGCCGGCGGAGGAGCAGCGGCGGUUCCAGGGCGUCGCCUGCAACAUCGCCGCGUCGGAGGACGAGAUCCCCGACGGUCUCCGGGACGGCGUCGGAGGAGUGGCGGCGGCGCGCUGGGGAGGAGGGCCGGCGGCGCGCUGGCGUCUGGCGGGCGGCGUGGGGGCGUCGGGGCGGCGGCGAGCGAGCGGGAGAGAGACGGGAGCGCGUCGGGAGAGAAGACAGGAGAGAGACGGGGCCCACUGGUCAGAUGGAUAGAGGCCCUAUUUAGUCAGUUGGGCUGGAGCACACCUCUCAUUUGGCCCUCUAAAUUUUUAAAACUGGCCCUCAAAAUGAAAUAUAGAGGCCCAUUUUUAAUCAGUCCACUGGAGUUGCUCUGAUG